AAAGAUUACUGACAACGGCUCUCUAGAUGUCACGCUGGAGUUGACAAAUUGGCAUCUACUUUCUCUGUGGAGCCCCAAAGAUAUUCUCUUUUCAGUGCAGCGUUGUUUAUAGCUUAUUAGUACAGCAGCAAAUAUGUUUAAUCGGUUACGAAGAGAAGAGAGACGAAAGGUCUCUUUACACCAUGUUUAAAUUUAAUUUUCUUUUCCUUGGAAGUAAGCUUAUACUGUAUGUCCAUUUAUUAAUUUUUUUCUGGGCUGGCUGAAGUUUACGUAGAACCACGGACAAUAUUUACCCAGAUGAAGGUUCCAGCAUUAUGCGCUUUAACCGAGUUGCGAUGGAAGAAGUAUGAACUUGAUGUCUGCUGCUCACCUGAUAUUUAUCCUUCAGUAUUCAAUCAAAAAUGCCCGCUGUAUGCAGUGCUACCAGUGUCGCUCGGACCGCGACGAGGGCUGCUACCAAGCGCCCGUCGACGACAAUUACCUGCUGAGCUGUCCAGACAACGACACGGGCGGCUCGCCCUUCUGCCGCAAGAUACACCAGAUACUGUAUUUCACGAAGAAUAGUGACGAGGCGUACGUGCGGGAGUGCGGCUACCUGCGGCACCCCGAGAAGGAGGCGUGCUUCCUGUCCCGGUUCCCACACACGGGCUACCAGCUCACCUGCGAGUGUGUCAACGAUGCCUGCAACCGUGCCGAGGCUCGCCACCUGCCGACAUUUGCCGCAGCCGCCACGAUCACCGUCGUCAUCGCCAUAGCCAUCUAGAGCCAUUGACCCGCUGCCACUACCGUGCUGGCGCGAGCGAUAAUUGGGUACCAAGUGUUUUUUCAGAUGGAGAAACUUGCAUGAUUCAACACCUUUCACCGGAUUUGUAAGAUUCAUUCCUAUUCCUAUUAUUUAUUGUGUGGACACAAAAAUAAUGCUUCGAACUGAACGCUUCACAUAAGCUGCGUCUGAAAGACCCGAAAAGAUUUUAUGGAAAACGAGGGGAGAAAUGGGAACGAAGCGGCACGUUAUGGUCUGCACAGGCAUAUUUUAUUAGACUGAGUUUUAGAAGUUCUUGCAGCAAGUGCAUUGAUUAUGUGUCAAUUUUUUUAGACCUAUUCUGUAGUAUAGUAUUUUAUUAUUUGUGUAUGUUAUGCAUGUAAUAAAGAUAAAAGGGAAAACGACAAAAAUGUUUGCAGUAAAUGUAUCUUCAAAUACUUACUGUACCUCGCAAGUGGUUUGGGGCUGGAUAAUUAAGUAAAUACCUCAGUUAAAGAAAA